ACAUUUAGUACACGAAAUUUAACUUUACAUAUUGACAAAUUUUUUUGUCGAUCCCACCCCCAACCAAGGUCAGGUUAGAAAUAACUUAACCUUGUUUUUCGAGCUGGAAGUAAACGUCGUAGCAAUUCUCCUAAGCAUUCUAAAGAAAACAAGUUAAAAAGAAAUGUGAAAUAUUUUUGAUGAAGUAUUUUAUUUGCCUGAAAUAAGAAGGUAUGUAGUUUAAUGAUGUGAUUUUUAUAAAACGAGAUAAAAUUGAGAGGAAACAUGAGCGGUCAUAUUGUACCAAGCAAGUCCACUGUUUACGUGUCGAAUUUACCGUUUUCCUUAACCAAUAAUGACGUACAUCAGCUGUUGAGCAAUUAUGGGAAAAUUGUCAAAGUAACGAUAUUGAAAGACAAAGUAACGCGACGUAGUCGCGGUGUCGCCUUUGUGUUAUUCCUUAAAGUAGAAGAUGCUGUAGUCUGCGCAAAAGCUCUCAAUAACACAGAGGUAUUUGGUCGCACUGUAAAAAGUUCCAUAGCAGUUGACAAUGGGCGCAGUACUGAAUUCAUACGUCGUAGAGAUUAUCCAGACAAAACCCAGUGCUAUGAGUGUGGACAAGAAGGACAUUUAUCUUAUUGCUGCAGUAACAAUGCAUUAGGUCCCAGAAAACCACCACCAAAAAGAAUCAGGAUACGAAAGAAAAAUGUAAAGCAAGAAAAAUAUGAUACAAGUUACCUUGAUACCGAUGAUAGCGAUGAGGCGACGAAAAGGCCAAGACGCAAUACCAAUGACAUCGACGAUGAUGAUACGGAAGAAGAGCCUGAAACACUAAGUGCUGUCAUUGCAUUCGAGCAAAGACAGACUGAAUUGGAACAUAGACAAACAAUAAAUGAAUGUAACAGAAAAGAAAAGUUGACUGUACCAAAAAAACGUUAUAAAAAACACAAUUAUUUUAGUGAUGAAGAGUAUUUUAGUGAGUAAUAUAUGACAUCAAAAAAAUAAAUAUUGAAGACAUCAAUAAUAAUUAAAAAUGAUU